AGGCUGAGAGGAAGCAGAGCAACGCGCUGCGGUCCUUUUAAAGACGGAACCGGGACACGUUGUGUGCAAGCCUGCAUGGUGUAUUGUGACGCAUUUAGUUACUACAUUUCAUCAUUUGCACUUAUGAAAAAUAGGUAUUUAUUUGUAUUAACCGAGAGGAGACAUUGUGUCUAGCCAAACAGGCGCGGCUUUGUUGUUUUGUAUAACCAAAAGACUUCGUACCCGUUUCAUAAUAUUUAGUCAGCUAGUGUUUGUGAAAUACAGCUUAGUACAAGAUGUCCACGGACUGCCAGAAGACCACUGCCAAGGCCAUCCCGUCCACCAGGAGGGUGACCAUCAACGACGAGGCGCAAAUGCCCCUGGACUACUCCUCGACCCCCGGAGGCACCCUGUUCAGCACGACCCCGGGCGGUACCAGGAUCAUCUACGACCGAAAGUUCCUGCUGGGGUGUCGCAGCUCCCCGGUGGCCAAGACUCCUCCGCGCGGUCUGCCCAAAAUUCCAGGGGUGACCAGCCCUCCCUCCAAGGACACCGAUGAGAAGGACCAAAAUGGAGAACUACCGAACAGCAAAAUCAGUGCACCUGAUGGCAGCACCGCUGGUGAUGACUCCCAGUUUGAAAUGGACAUCUAGGUGGUCCUGGAGGUUCAAGAUGUCAGACUUCCCAACACGAUGCUGUGAAGAGAGGCUCAGGAACGCCUUCUUAUUUCCCAUUCCAUGAAGACCGAGGGUCGCCUUCAUUAUCUCCAGUGUUUUAGUGUUCUAAAGUCUGUCUUUACUAAUCUCAAUUGCUUGCUAUGAGCAUAUCUGUAAUGUUUUUUUCUUUCCGUCUGCCUCAAGGCUGGAAGCUGAUUUAUGUGUGACACAGUGUGCCUUCCUAUAGUGGCCGUACGUUUAAAAUCAACACUGAGAAGUAAAAAAAUAACGACGCCUCAGCAAUAAUAACUGGGAUAAGUUAUUGAAACUAAAGAUCAACAGGGAAAAUGAAUAAUUGUAAUUUGCUGCAUUUAUAACCAUUCCACAAGGGUUUCCCCUGAUGUGCUUUUAUGUCAACACAUUUCCUGAUACCUCUCUGAAGCUGUUGUCUUGAAAUGUUCAACAUGCUGUAUAAUUUGUUUACCGUGCUCUCAAAAAUGAGUUCUUCACCUGAAUUGUAAGAGAAUGUCCAACAUAAUUUUCUUAACGAAAUUUUUAAAAACAGAUUUUCACACAAUUUGUAGGGUGACAAAGCAUUAAAGCAUACACGAUUAAACACUU